AUGCUCAUGCUCCAGCAAGCUAUGCCUUACCCUUUCCCUUACGGCUGGCAAACCACAAAUCAGACACAAACAGAAUCUUUGUCUCCAUCCCCCAACACUGUGUCACCUGUGCCUUUAAAUAACCCAACGAGUGCCCCAAGAUUUGGAACAGUUAUUCCUAAUCGCAUCUUUGUAGGAGGAAUCGAUUUUAAGACUAAUGAAAAUGACCUAAGGAAGUUUUUUGCCCAGUAUGGGUGUGUGAAAGAAGUGAAGAUAGUAAAUGACAGAGCUGGAGUAUCAAAGGGGUAUGGUUUCAUCACUUUUGAAACUCAAGAAGAUGCACAAAAAAUUUUGCAAGAGGCUGAAAAACUUAAUUAUAAGGAUAAGAAACUGAAUAUUGGUCCAGCAAUAAGAAAACAACAAGUAGGGAUUUCUCGAUCUAGCAUAAUGCCAGCAGCUGGAACAAUGUACUUGACCACUUCAACUGGAUAUCCUUAUACUUAUCACAAUGGAGUAGCUUAUUUUCAUACUCCUGAAGUUGCAUCUGUUCCACAGCCAUGGCCUUCACGGUCCAUUUCCAGUUCCCCUGUAAUGGUAGCUCAACCUGUUUAUCAUCAACCUACAUAUCCUUACCAGGCACCUGCACAGUGUCUUUCAGGUCAGUGGCAAUGGAGUGUUCCACAGUCUCCUGCCUCUUCAACCUCAUUCUUUUAUCUUCACCCUUCUGAAGUUAUUUAUCAGCCACUAGAAAUUGCACAGGACAGUGGAUGUGUACCUCCUCCUUUCUCUCUAAUGGAAGCUGCAGUUCCAGAGCCAUAUUCUGAUCAUGGAGUUCAAGCAGCAUAUCACCAAGUUUAUGCCCAGAGUGCCAUAGCUAUGCAAGCACCUGUGAUGCAGCAUGAGCCAGUUAAAGUAAGCUCUGUAGUCUUUUUCUUUUCUUUUGGUCUUAUGUACUGCCAGGUGCCAGUUCCAUUGGUGUAUGAGGAGGAAGAGCUGGAAACAGCUCAGAUGGCGGCUUCCUCAUCAUCUCCAGACAACGCCAUCACUCCUUCAUCAACUUCUCCAUUGGAUGACCACCAUCAGGAGCUGUUGCAAUGGGUCGCUAAUGAUCCACAGAUCCCAUUAGAAGAGGUCCAGUGCUCUCAACACCGGCUCUUGGACUUUGCAAUUGCAAGGACCGACCAGUGUGGCCCUUCCAAUUAA